AUAAUUGACCAACUAAGUGGGAAUAAUUAAUUCUAAUUAUGUCAAAUAAUAAACAACUUUUUCUUAAUUUUAAAAAGACAAAUGAUUAUGAGUCUUAGGUGUCUAAUACAGGCCAAAAAAAACAGGACUAUGUUAGUGGAAAUCAUGUAAGAAACACAAAAAUUGUGCUUAGUAUAGUACUAAUAAUGGAGCAACUGUGUACAAAAGGGAUCUGUAAAAUCACAUUUCUCAUUCUAUCCAUCUUCUCUAUAAUCAUUAAUAAGUAUUUGUACAUAUUCUCAAAUUUCAGCUGACUCUUUUCUCUUUCUUCUCCACUGUUAGAAGCAAUUCUUAUUGGGUAGUGUAGAAUUUUUUGGUUGAUUCAGUUGAAAAAAGGAAGCUUUUUGGUGGGGCAGAAUUGGUUGCUUUGCAGAGGAAGUUUGUGUUUCGAAUUGCUGCUAAAGCCAAAUGCAGAUCUUGAAGCAGCAGAAAUUGUGAUUUGCCGGGGUGUGCUUCAAACUCGAAGCUAAUAUUAGUGUGAUGGGCUGUGAAUGUUCUAAAUUUGCCUUGUGUUGCUGGACAGGACAGAGUGGCCCCAUUCACGAGGCUCAAAAUCCUGAUGAAGAAAAAGAUGAAGUUAGUGAUUUGCCUGCAUUCCGUGAGUUUACGUUUGAGCAGCUCAGGAUAGCUACUUCUGCAUUUGCUGUAGAGAAUAUAGUUUCGGAACAUGGUGAAAAAGCUCCAAAUGUUGUAUAUAAAGGAAAGCUGGAGAACCAGAGGCCGUUUGCCGUUAAACGCUUCAACAGAUCUGCGUGGCCUGAUUCUCGGCAGUUUUUAGAAGAAGCAAGGGCCGUCGGUCAACUCCGCAACAAUAGGUUAGCAAAUCUUNUACUAGAUUUGCUGAACUAA